UAUKUCAGUACAAAAAUAACUGUGAAAUACUUUAAAGGAGAAGCUAAUAGCUGAAAGAAAAGCAUAAAAUAAGCUUCUUGAGAAAUUUUCUCAUCUCAAAAAUUUUACUUUUACUUUACUUCUACUCUCGUAAUAUUCAUAAAGCACACUAACUUUUACCAAAGUAAUUUUAUGRUAAGAUACUUGUAUUGUUUUAUACAAAACUGCUUAAUGAAUAAAGUUAUUUUCAAGGUUUGACCAAAAAGGUGGCGGGCGAUAAGCAUUUCUCCAAGGAAGAGGCUUUGGUCAGACUCUCUCCCUUCUCCCCGUCGGUCUGUGACGUCAUCGGACGUGGCCCCGCCUUCUCCGGUCCUCCUCAGCGCUCUCUCCCACUGCCUGCCUGUUUAUGUCAGGCUUUAGUGUCCGUUCACCAGGAACAGGACAGGGAACUGGAGAAAUAAAGCCAACAGCGAACCGGUGCGUGUGGUUCUCCUGAAGGAUGACAGAUCAGUGAGCGGCGAGGACACAGAGAUGAGUGAGCCCACAUGGCUAGCGGCUGAUCUGGGAGCGGUGUCAGACCUGAGCCUGGCAAGCCGUGGUAAAAAGAUGCGCCAUAKUUCCCACGACUCCCACAACAAAGAGGACGAUGAUGACUCUUCAUCAGAGAGCGGUGGUGGGAUUGGUCUACCUGCCCUGACCCCUCCAUCCUCUGCUGUUACAGAUGGUGUUAUGGUCAGAGAAACAGAGGUCGUCAACGGCAGUGGCAGCGCUGCCCCACUCGACUUCAGCAGACUAACUUCCUCUUCCUUGUCAUCUGAGGACCAGCAGCUUCUGAACUUGAGUGACUCGUCCUCGCAACGCCUGUCCCUGUCCUCCUCACAUCUGCCAAUCACUGUUUCAGCAGCUGCUGCAGCUCUGCUCGGAGCUCUGCACCCCGGUGCACCUGAGGAGCUCCGCAGGAAGUACUCACUGACUGCCAAACAUCCACCCCUGCCUUCGCCACACGUACACACUACUCACAUACACAAUCCACACACUCGAAACACAGACACUCAGUCACACACACACAACACAGCUCUUCGACUGGAUCAAGACAGCAAGGACUAUGGAAGCAAGUCCCCAGAGUACAGUUCAAGUGGCAGCUACGAUAGCAUGAAGAUGGACAUGUGUGCAGAAGACCUGACAACCGGGCGCCAAGGGAGCCAGGUUGCCCCCGAUGAUGACGAUGAUGACCAUGACGAUCAUGACGACAAUGACAAGAUCAACGACACAGAGGGUGUCGAUCCAGAGAGAUUAAAGGCCUUCAAUAUGUUUGUGCGUCUGUUUGUGGAUGAGAACUUGGAUCGGAUGGUGCCAAUCUCCAAACAGCCCAAGGAGAAAAUCCAAGCCAUCAUUGAGUCCUGCAGCAGACAGUUCCCAGAAUUUCAGGAACGCGCCCGAAAGCGCAUCCGCACCUACCUCAAAUCCUGCCGACGCAUGAAGAAGAAUGGCAUGGAGACCCGUCCGACUCCACCUCACCUCACCUCAGCCAUGGCUGAGAACAUCCUGGCUGCUGCCUGUGAAAGUGAAUCCCGCAACGCUGCAAAAAGGAUGCGCCUUGAAACCUACCAGGAUGAGCAGGUCUCACUGGAGAAGUUGUCCAGCAGUGGUGGUGCACUAAGGGAGCCGGUGUCCCUUGCUCACUCUGCCUACUCCCUGGCUACCUCGGCUUUCUCCUCCCAGGACACACAACUCCACAUCAACCGCUCCAGCCUCAGCUACGGCUACCGUGGAUAUCCAGGUCCCGGUUCCACCAUUCAACAYGCUGUAUCCAUGACAGCAGGCAUGGCUGCUCCAAGCAACGGUCCCACAGAUCUCAGCAUGAAGUCUGUCUCCUCUGCCAACGCCAGUAACUCUUCCUCUUCCAUUAUCAACAAUAAUGUGAGUGGGCGGGGCAGCGGUGGCAGUGGAGGGGGCGGAGCCUCAGCACAGCUCAGCCAGCCGGAGAUUUCCGCAGUCCGUCAGCUGAUUGCCGGCUACCGGGAGUCAGCUGCCUUCCUGCUCAGAUCAGCUGAUGAGCUGGAAAAUCUCAUCCUGCAGCAGAACUGAGCACACAUCACUCAAAAAUACAGUUGUGUGUGUGUGUGUGUGUGUGUGUGUGUGUGUGUGUGUGUGUGUGUGUGUGUG